AGUCGCCGUCAGCCUUAGUAGUGAAGUGAAAAAAAUAAUAUUCAACGCAAAAAAGGCAUAGAGAACAAGUACAACAAAUUCUUUGGCAUUAUUUUUAAAACGAAAUUGUCGGUGUUGGUGUUGGGUGUUUGCGAGCAAUUGAAAGCAGCAGCAGCAGCAGCAAGAGCAAGAGCAAGAGGAGAGCGGCAGAGAGAGGGAGCAGGAGAAGGCGGCCGAGGCGCUUAACGGCAACAUUGUCGUUGACAACAAUAGCAGCACAGCAAUAGCAUCUGCAGCAGAGAUAGAAGAAGCAGCAGCAGCAGCAGCCGCCGCCAUGACAGCAGCAGCGAACACAGCAACAACAACAGUGAAAACAACAACAAACUCAAAGCAAGGCAAACACAGGUCGAGGUCAUCCGCACGCUACGAUGACGUUGAGAAGCAGCAGCGCAAAAGUCGCGCCAUUGUCUCCAUCCCGAACACGAUAAAGCUGAGUAUGCUGAACAGCGGCCUCUUAUCCUUCGAACGCAUCAAGCUGGAGGCCCGCGAUGAGAAUAACUCGCUCUCGAAGACCAUACCGAACAGCCCCAUAGAUAUACGACACUUUCUGAAACUGUGCGAUCUGAGACGCAAGUUUCCGGUGCUCUAUAAGCUGGAAUUUCAGACUGCCGCCAAAGUGGAGAACAACACCUGUCGCCAUGCCAUGAAGAAGAACAACCAGGAGAAGAAUCAGAAUCCCAAGUGCAUUCCAUAUGACUACAAUCGAGUUGUAUUGCAAAAGAUGCCGGGCGUGCCCGAUUCCGACUACAUAAAUGCCUCCUAUGUGGACAGCCUGCUCAAGCCAAAUGCCUAUAUUGUCACCCAGGGACCCGUGGAGGAGACCGUGAAUGCCUAUUGGCGCAUGGUGUGGCAAGAGAAUGUGAGCGCCAUCAUAAUGCUGACCAAGACCUUUGACUUCGCCAAGACCAUGUGCGUGCAAUACUGGCCCCCCAAUAUGGAGGUGCAUGAGACCUAUGGCGAUAUCCACAUCAACAUUGUGCGGGAAGAGCAGCUUGCCAACUUCCACAUACGCACCUUUCGUCUAUAUAAGAAGGACGAGCAGGGCGCGGUCAGUGAUGAGCGUCUCAUUCUGCAGUUCCACUAUACGGAGUGGUAUUCGCAUUCAUGUCCCUUCUCCAAUGCGCUGCUCGAGUUCAGACGUCGCGUCCGUCUAGUGGUGGGCAAUAUCAUCAAAGAUGGCGAUGACAUGAAGGGCCCCAUUCUGGUGCACUGCAGUGAUGGUGGCGGCCGGUCGGGAGUGUACAUGUCGAUAGACGCGAAUCUGGAACUGGCCGAGGAGGAGGAAUCCUUCAAUGUCUUCGGCUAUCUGAAGAAGUUGCGUCAGUCCCGCAAGGGUCUAGUCGAGAAUGUGGAGCAAUACAAGUUCGUCUACGACACGCUGGAGGAGCACAUCAUCUGUGGCAAGACCUGGUUCCCAGUCUCGGAGCUGAGCGACAGACUCAAGGCCAAGGCGCGUCGUAAUUCCGGCACCAAAAUGAACGAAUACCAGGCCGAGUACGAUCAGAUCUGCAAGCAGACCCCACGCUUUACGAUUGGCGACUGCGCGGGCGGACAUCGCGCCGAUAAUCGCGAGAAGAAUCGCGAUGUGCUGUGCGUACCGCCGGACAACUUCAGACCCUACCUCACCUCGUUUCAGGGCAAUGCCUUCACCGACUACAUUAACUCCGUCUUUGUGGAUGGCUACACCAAGCCCCGAGAGUACAUUGUGACCGAAUGGCCCAUGAAGCAUACUUUGGGCGAGUUCUGGUCGCUAGUCUACGAUCAGGAAUGCUCGGCCGUCGUCGUACUCUGUCAGCCCCCCGCUCAAUCGCAGCAGUUCCCCUCGUUCUGGCCCAACAAAUCCAAAAUGGAGAAGUACGGUCCGGUGUUCUCGGUUCACUAUGUCAUGUCCAAGAGCUAUACGAACAUCAAGCAGUGGGAGUUCAAGAUCAAUAAGAAAAUCGUUUCGCUGACCGAAAUGAUGGCUGGCGUUAAGGCGCCCACACGUACCGUCCAACUAUUUCAGCUUACCUGCUGGCCAAUGGGCCACAAGGUUCCAAGCUCGACCAAUUCGCUGGUGUAUCUGAUGAAUAUGGUUGAGAUUUGGCGCAACAAGGUCGACUACGGUCCCGUCUGUGUUGUCUCGCCCGAUGGACGCAGUCGCGCCGGUGUUUAUUGUGCGGCUAAUGCGUGCAUCGAGCAGGUCAUACAGCACGGUGAGGUCGAUGUGUUUCAGGCCGUGAAGACCGUGCGUCGACACCGUCCACAACUAGUCGAGAAUAUGACCGAAUACAAGUACUGCUACGAUCUGGUGCUGCACUACGUGCUGCACUUCCUCAACAAGAACGAUUAGGCGCCUCGACUUUGGUUUAUUUUUUUAUUGGCAGGCAAUCGCUUCGGGCUUCGAAAGCCCCGGGGAGCCGGCCCCUAUAAACGAGCUCAAUGCUUUAUGGUUAACAAUUUUUCAAAGUGGUCCAUUUCAAUGCCUCUUACUAAGCUAUUUAGCCAACAUACUUGUACACGUGUUUACUGUUAGGUGUCCAUGUCUGCUACAUAUAGCUGCUAUAGGUACUUGCACCCUAAAGCCUUAAAGCAAUCAUUUGGAGUAUUUUGUUGUGUAUCGUUUUUUAAAACGAACUUUUUAUUAUUGUCUAGCGUCGGAAUUAAAUUCCACGCCACACACACACAUACACACAAAGCACAAAGCAAGAAAGCAGAAAGAAAACCAAAAUACUUUUAUGCACGCAAACAUUUAUUUGCAUGGUCCAAAAAGUUACUGAAAGUUUUCUUUGACCAAAAAAAAAAAAAAUACAACAAACAAACAAACAAAACUACAAAAACCAAACAAAAAUUUAAUCAAAUUAAAUAAACGAUAUGAUCUGACCUAUAUGUGCCAUCUGUAAUACCCUAGUUGUUGUUGUUAAACUAUUAUUAUUGUAACUACUAUUACUAUACAUAACUAUGAACUUUUAAACUUGCUAUCUUCUACCACAGAUUUCGAGAGCGAAAUUUUUUGAGGAGCAAACUAGAAAUUGUUAAUAUACAUAAGUAUAUAUUAAAAGAUAUAUAAAUAGGAAAGAAAGAACUUGAUGUGUAAUACGAAAGUCGCAUAUUGUUUUAGCCCACUGUUGAAAACUGUACUUGUAUUUUAUAUUAAUGUUAACAUAUUCAAAUAUUUAUCGAAAGCAGAACUCUAAUUGUUUAUUUAUAUACAUUUAUAUACUCGUGUAUUUUCGCAUUUAUGCAUUCUACUUAAUUUGUAUAUUAAUACGGAACGUGCAUAUAACCAUUUGAACAUACAUAAAUGUAUAUUCUUAUACUAUAUAUAUAUGUAUACAUGUAUACAUAGUAUGUGUAACGACAUUAUUUUUUUAAAUGUGAAUAAAUGUGCAUAUUUUUGAUCGAUUCGAUUUCCAAUAGGAUCCAGUUCCUAUUGGCGUAGGUUACGAAACGAAGCGAGACAGAAAAAAAGAAAAAAAAGA